AUAUGUGGUACGAUGGUACGAUGUAGACGGUAGGCUUGUGCGUGUCCCAUCCGUGGUGCUGUCUAUCGCUCUGAAAGGACGGCAAUUUCGGAAACGCGAGCUUUGUUGUCAUCACAGUGAAUAGCUUAGCAACCCGCGGCCCCGUAAUGGAAGUUAACAAAGCCAAGAUACUCGAGGAAAAACUCCGAGAAGCGGCUUGCUACGGCGACGAAGAGGCUGUUAUCACGCUUGUCGAGCGGAAUGUUCGUAUCAAUUCCCAGCACGAUAUCAACGGAUGGACACCUUUGCACUGGGCUUGCAAGAGGGGUCACGUGGCAAUCGUCAGGUACCUGCUGAACCAGGGUGCCGACCCCACGUUGACGACGCUGAAAGGCGAAACUCCGGCUAUGCUUACGGAUAACGAGGACAUCAGGGCACUCAUUGGUGACACCGGCCCUGCGGAGGUAGUGCCCCAGACGACACUGCCCAUCACUCCCCAUUUCCUGAGCCAUCCAGCACUGUCCGACUACAAGGUGGAUCUAUCGGAGCUCUCACGGACCAUCAGACCUGAUUCCGACUUGCCAGCAAAGCACGGACUCCCCCAGGACAAUGGCCAGUCGGACUACUCCAGUGGACAGCAGGUGGAGGAGAUGGAUCUGGUGCUAAAGGUGAGGGUGGCCUACCUCGACGAUCCAGACUUCAUCGAGGUGGAACUGCCGCGCACCGACCUCACCUUCGCCAACCUGUUGCGCACGUGCUGCGAUGAGCUCGGCGCCGAGAUGAAGAGGGUCCGGAAACUGCGGAAGCUUCCCAACACCAUCAUGCGCAAAGACAAGGAAGUCCAACGGUUGUCGGACUACCAGGAACUUGAGCUCGUUCUGGACAACAUACAGCCUAAGCCGGCGCCCUCUGCGGCCGCCGUACAGACCAUUCCGGCGGUCACUAACGGCGCCAUCACUCCGGUCAUGCACUUGGCCGGACUCUUGUCCGGGGGCCACUACAACUCCCCGCCGGGCUACCUUCCGAACGGCAACGGAAGCGUGCAGCCCAGUGCCACGUUUGCAAAGUCAUCUUACUGCGUGAAUGGGACUAUCCUCUAUUGAAGGCCACCCUAGAUGCCGUGUCUGGACCAUUUUUUUAUUAUGUCUUUCACAUCUGGACUUGGUUGGGUGUCACGAGUCUCGGGAUUGUUUGGGAAAAUGGCGAUCGUCUUAGGAUUAUGUUGUCCCUGGAUGUCAAAAUGGAUGGACCCCGCCUAUACGGCAGUGAAUGGAUUCAUUUGUGAAUGCAUGGGCAGUGCUGAUGUAUAUGUUUUGUAAGGUAAAAAAAUAGUAGAACAUUGGAGAUUGUAGUGUGCUCCAAGCUGAGAGAGGACUACAUAGUGAAAGGUCUGGUUUACUGUCGAGUGUAGUCUUGUGAGAAUAGUGAAUUUUGAGUUCGAAGUGAAUUCGAAGCGAAUAGUGGUUUUGGCCGAAUAUUUUCUAAUCGAAUAUCGAAUAGUUUUUCCACGCCUUUCACUACCAAAACAUAAUGCUUAGACAAAACCCCAGCGAAACUUGUGAAGGUUGUUCCACCUGUUCAUUUAUAAGCCAUGUUUAAUCUAUAUAUUUAUGAACUGUGACCUCAGAAGUUCUGAUGUCUUGGGAGGGUAAGUAAACAACAAGUUUGUAAUAAAAUGAAUCCAAUGGAAAUGGCCAAAUAUACCCAAUUUAGUGAAUUUACAAA